AUGAAAGGUCGAUGGCUAAAAUUCCCAUGGGAAUUAUUCUGUGGUAAUUUUCCGGUGAUCUUGAAAUUCCUUAACGAGAACUAUCGCAGCAUGAAGGAAGGAGCAGAAACUCUGGUGUAUAAUACCUAUACAACCGCAACGCCGAAACUAUCAUACCGUGGUGUGGGAUUCAAUUUCAUGUUUUUCAUGGAAUCAGACUUUGCUAAGAAGCAGAGUGGCUAUGAUGACAUCGAAUUCUUUACUGCAUACAAAGCUUUCAAGAUGCUUAGGAGCCUGGGAUUGAGCUUGAAGCAGUUGGAAGGUGUUAAUGAAGAGAUGAGUUUUACAGAGAGGGAAGAAAUGAUUGCUAUGGCAAGAUUUCUAGGGAUGUCGGAGGAAUCCAUUGAAGAGAAAGUCGUGGAAGACAUGAGCCGUAAGAUGGCCUCCAAAGAUGUGUCUGUCAAGAAAGUGGCUCAGGAGGGCAGCGACUUCAUCGUUUUCGACGACCCAGUUGAGUCAGAAGCUGACGAGGGCCAAGAAAUCACUGUUUUAUCCAAGAAAGAUCCAGAGAAUAAAUUGGCCGGCAUGGCAAACAAGUUCCCACACUUCAAGCAUUUGGAUAAGAAGAGAAAGUUUGGAGAAUGA